AUGGAUGACGGUCCUUACUCUAAAGGGAACAAGGACUCACAAGGGACAGACAAUUCCCUGACCGCCAGGAGACAAAGUAUCCCAGAAGAUCUGCGGGGCGUGACGAUAGUAGAGCUGAUAAAGAAGGAAGGCAGCACCUUGGGCCUCACCAUCUCUGGAGGAACAGACAAGGAUGGAAAGCCCCGUGUCUCUAACCUACGUCCGGGGGGUCUGGCUGCCAGGAGUGAUCAGUUGAACGUCGGCGACUACAUAAAGUCAGUGAAUGGUAUCAACCUGACCAAGCUGAGACAUGAAGAGAUCAUCAGUCUGUUGAAGAACGUGGGAGAACGAGUGGUGCUGGAAGUAGAGUACGAACUGCCUCCUUCAGCACCAGACAGUACAUCAGGUGUGAUUUCCAAGACAAUCGAGAUAUGUUUGCAAAAAGAAGGGACCAGCUUCGGCUUCGUCAUGAGAGGGGGCUCACACGAAGACUGGAACAAAUCACGCCCCCUAGUGGUGACAUACGUCAGACCGGGAGGUCCUGCAGACAGAGAGGGCACUCUGAAGACGGGGGACCGUCUGAUGAGUGUAGACGUGGUACCUCUCCACAGUGCCAACCACGGGGAUGCCCUCACCGUGCUCAACCAGUGUGGUCAGGAGGCCUUCUUCCAGAUCGAGUAUGACGUCUCUAUCUUGGAUACUGUGAUGAAUGCGUCUGGUCCCCUAUUGGUGGAGAUCGCCAAGUCACCGGGGGCGGCGCUGGGUAUCACCUUGACAACCGCCACGCACAGGAACAAACAGGUCAUCGUCAUCGACAAGAUCAAAGCAGCUAGCGUGGUGGACAGGAGUGGAGCCCUCCAUAUAGGGGACCACAUCCUGUCCAUCGAUGGGACCAGCACGGAGCACUGUUCAGUCCUGGAGGCCACACAGCUAUUAGCCAGCACCUCAGACCAGGCCAAGCUAGAGAUCCUCCCCGCCCACCACAGCAGACUGCUCAGCAAACCCCAGGACACUGUGAAGGUUCAGAAGAGUGACCACCCCCACUCAUGGGACCCCUGUGUGAAUUACUGUGCUCCCCAGCACCCCUCCUCUCACUGUAAGACCAACGCUAAUACCUGGACCACUUCCUCCAACCCCUCCAGCACACAGGAGUACUGCAAAUCCCUAGUGUCGACCAACUUCUCCCCCAGCUCCACCACCACCACAUCAGGCCCUGGGUCAACCAGCCAGAGCUCCAGUACCCUGCCUCGUACAGCUGUCCCUAUGAGCCCACGCAACUCCAUGAUGAAGAGACGGCAGAGGAAAAAAGAGCAUAAGAGCUCAUCUGUGUCACUGGCGUCCAGUACAGUGGGUCCUGGUGGUCAGAUCGUCCACACAGAGAGCAGUGAGAUCACCCUGAGAGGAGACCCUCUAAAUGGCUUUGGGGUUCAGCUACAGGGAGGCAUCUUUGCUACAGAGACCCUCUCUGCUCCCCCGCUAAUACGUUUCAUAGAGCCAGACAGCUCGGCCGAGAGGUGCGGGCUACUGCAGGUGGGAGACAGACUCCUGUCCAUCAACGGAAUCCCCACGGAGGACGGAACACUGGAGGAGGCCAAUCAGCUUCUCCGAGACGCUGCUCUGGCCAAUAAGGUCUCUCUUGAAAUAGAGUUUGACGUCGCAGAGUCUGUUGUGCCCAGUAGUGGAACAUUCCAUGUGAAGCUGCCUAAGAAGAGAGGGGUGGAGCUGGGCAUCACUAUCAGUGCCAGUAAGAAGUCUGGAGAGCCUCUAAUCAUCUCAGACAUAAAGAAAGGCAGCAUGGCUCACAGGACUGGUACCCUGGAGCCAGGUGACAAGCUUCUGGCCAUAGACAACAUCAGACUGGAGACCUGUUCCAUGGAAGAUGCCUGUCAGAUCCUACAACAGGCAGAGGACCUGGUCAAGCUCAAGAUCCGCAAGGACGAGGACAACUCUGAUGAACAGGAGACGUCUGGUUCGAUCAUCUAUACGGUGGAGCUGAAGAGAUACGGAGGCCCGCUGGGCAUCACCAUCUCAGGCACAGAGGAGCCCUUUGACCCCAUCGUUAUAUCUGGCCUCACCAAGAGGGGCCUGGCUGAGAGGACCGGAGCCAUCCAUGUGGGAGAUCGUAUCCUGGCCAUCAACAGUGUCAGUCUGAAGGGAAAGCCGCUCAGCGAGGCCAUUCACCUACUGCAGGUGGCCGGGGAGACAGUCACACUCAAGAUCAAGAAACAGGUCGACAUAGCAGACGAGAAGAAGAAGGAUGGAGAGAUGGAGAAUGAUUUGAGUGACACAGAGGACAUAUCAGACAUGACGGACUCUCAGAAGACCAACAAGCUGUCAGAGAUCUACUCCACCACCAUCCCCAGUGUGGACUCUGCCAUGGAGUCCUGGGACGGAUCCGGCAUCGACGCCGGCUACGGCAGCCAAGGAACCUACAUCCACCAGGCAGCAGGCAUCGCCCUGCACCCCCAUGAGUGGAGGAGUGCCAAGCAGAGGAACAGUCCCCCUCCUGCAGCCCGCCGUAGUAAGAACUACCACUUUAGUGACGGGGGCUUCAGUGAAGACGACUGGGACAAACCUUCAGGAUACACCAGCCAGCCUCACAGUGACGGCAUCAUGUUAGACCACGAGGACAGUUUCUGGUGUCAGGCCCUGGAAGACCUGGAGACCUGUGGACAGUCUGAGCUCCUCAGAGAGAUAGAGGCAUCCAUCAUGACGGGCAGUGCCAUCAGUAUUGGGGUGGAUGGUAACAAGUCCCAUGCCGUCCCCCACCCUGGGGACCCCGUCAGCCAGCCCCGCGUCAGCCCUCUACGGAGGAGCUCCCUCCUGCACCACGAUGCCAAGACCCACCUGCACCAGGAGGUCCACCUCCACCAGGAGGCCCACCUGCCCCCGGAGGCCCAGCUCCUGCACCACGAGGCCAGGACACAGCUGCAUCACGAGGCCAAGGCCAAGAACACACUUCGGGUGUCUGAGAAGACCUGGGAGUCCCGCAGGAUCAAGGAGGAGAUGCAGGAGAUCCUGUCCCCGACCCCUCUCGAGCUACACAAGGUGACGGUGAUGAAGGAUCCGGAGAGCGAUGACUUUGGCUUCAGCGUAUCGGACGGGUUCCUAGAGAAAGGUGUUUAUGUCAACAUGAUCCGUCCCGAGGGCCCGGCGGACCGCGCAGGCCUGAAACCAUAUGACAGGAUCCUACAGGUGAACCACGUGCGUACCAGGGACUUUGACUGCUGCCUGGCUGUGCCCCUGAUCACCGAGGCUGGGGACAAGCUGGAGCUGGUGAUCAGCAGGAACCCUCUGGCCCAGAAACUGCACCAUGAACAGGACUGUCUGGACCAGGACCAAGGCCUUCUCAUCUCUGCGCUGCAGUCCAACAGUAGGGAACACCACCACUAUACCACCACCACAACCCGAGCCAUGGACCUGUGAUUACAGUCACAUACUGCAGUCACACCAAGCCACAGACCACUACCAUGGAACUGUAUCUGACUUUACAAACACACACAAAACCAUGUGUCUACAGACACACCAGUGACCUGUGACUUUACAACCUACAUACACACCAGUGACCUGUGACUUUACAACCUACAGACACACCAAUGACCUGUGACUUUACAACCUACAUACACACCAAUGACCUGUGACUUUACAACCUACAGACACACAGUCAAAGACAAGCACCAUGGACCUAUACAGAGAUAGAUACACAGUACAGACAUGCAGAGCCACAGACCAGAACUUUGAACCUGUGAUUACAGAUACAUCAUGCCACAGACCUGUAACCACAGACCUGCAACUAGAGACACACAGAGACAGAACCACAGACCAGCACCAUGGACCUGUCUGUGACUCUACAGACACAGACCAUGGACCUGUAAUUACAAACACACCGAACCACAGACCAGCACCAUGGACCUGUAAUUACAAACACACCGAACCACAGACCAGCACCAUGGACCUGUCUGUGACUCUACAGACACAGACCAUGGACCUGUAAUUACAAACACACCGAACCACAGACCAGCACCAUGGACCUGUAAUUACAAACACACCGAACCACAGACCAGCACCAUGGACCUGUAAUUACAAACACACCGAACCACAGACCAGCACCAUGGACCCGUGACACUACUAUACAGAUACAAAUUAAAGGUGCACAUACAAAGUUGACGUGUUUACUACCUACAUCCCUGGACCUGUGACCAGGUGCUCAGAGCAACUGACACGGAGUCACAGACAGAACCCCGUGGUGGCUGGACUUGUACUAACAGCUACAAAAUACAAUCCUUACAGACUCACAGAACUCUGUGUCUUCAGCCCUAACAACCAUGGUAAAAAAAAAUAAUAAUUUGAAGACGUUUUUACAGAUUCCUUUUUACCCCAAGUCUCGUGUUUCCUGUGUUGUCAUUAUGUCAACCCCUUAUAUAAAAAAUGAAGAAACAGUUGACCUAUGACCUAUUCUGAAACUGCUUUUGUUUGUUUGAGUCUUCAAAAGCAGAAGCCAUUUGGGCAUGGAAAAGCACACGCAUAUGAACACACACACACACACUGUGGACAAAGGGUGAAGGAGGACAAUGCAGAAGCCUGCUGCUAUUGGGGGGCUGAUGGGGUUAAUGAAACAAAGGUGAUGUUUGGUCCUUCAGCAAAUACUUUUAUAUGGACAUAUUGUGGUCAGUCAGUGGUUGGAUGAGUAUUUUUUACAGUGCAAUCAUUUUUUAUUUGUGUGUACUGAUUGAUGCGCUUUCAUAUUUCAACAUUUUGGCCAAACGGAUUUACAGAUGCCCUCAAGCAACAAUCUGAGACAUAAUAGUACUUCAAGGAGUAAAACCACUUCAAUUUUAAGGAGUAAAACCACUUCCAGGUUAUCUUUGUUUAUCCUUCUGAUGUUUUCUUUGCUUUGUCCCCCUUUCUGUCCACUCCCUCUGAUCCUCUGUCCCUCUGUCCUGGCGCCAUGUAGCAUCUACCCCAUUUGCCAAAUUGGAAUUGGAGGGCACAUAACACCGUCUCUGUCCACUCUGAACUAAACUGAAGCCAAGCUGCCACUCCCCCACCUCUACCGGCAAAUGUUUCCCAUGCAGGAAAAUGUCUGGGACUAUUUUAGACUCACAGAUAAACAUUAUAUAAUAAUAUAACAGCACCACUUCCUCAUCCAGCCCAGUGUCCAGCUCCCAGCCUUUUUAGCCUUGCUGUUAAAUGAGGUUAAAGCACAGAGGACACUGAGGCCUGGUUUCAGUUGACCCCCACUUCAACCUGAAAUACCACAGAGGACACUGAGGCCUGGUUUCAGUUGACCCCCACUUCAACCUGAAAUACCACAGAGGACACUGAGGCCUGCUUUCAGUUGAUCCCCACGUCAACCUGAAGUACCACAGAGGACACUGAGGCCUGGUUUCAGUUGACCCCCACUUCAACCUGAAGUAACAACCUCUCUGUUAAUAGAUUUGGGGCUCUAUUCAAUCUGUAUCCAUGAAGCGUUACAGAUUCUGUGAUAGUAAUUUAAAGGUAAUUUCUGAUUGAGCCGACAUAUGCAGCAUUUACCGUGAAUGAUAUCUCCGCUACUGUGGGAACAUUACCAUUCUGUAACGCUGAAUUUCCGCGAUACAGAUUGAAUAGAGCUCUUGGUAUUAAUGAACUAUGUGCCAUUGUACCAAUGUACUAACGGCAGCAAAGUCUCUGUAGUUUUCAUUAGGACACACAACAGAAAACAUUUCAAAAUGUUUUCUUCUGUUUGGUGCCUAAUGACCACGACCAUGAGGUAACAACAUCUCUGCAUAGUAGAGCUAUUAUUAACCCAUGUGCCAAUAAUCAAUGACUGCUAUGAAUAUUGGUUAUGAAACUGGGCUGGUACAGGGUUGGUCGGUGUAUCAUCCGUCCCUCUCUGGGCGGUACAAGAAUGAGAGGAAUCCUUCUGCUUGAUUUGAUAUUAAGGUUGAAUGACAGUGAACACUCAUUAAUCACAAACAAGGGAGAAGAGAUCAGAGCUCUCUCUGUAUAAAAAACAUUUAAUGGUAGAAAGAAACAGAGAAUUGAAGGCUUUUUAAAUGAAUUACAGUACAGUGCCGUCAUCAUAUACUGUAGAAAAGUAAUGCAUGCAUGGUCUUACGCACUCUCGAUUGCAAUGAUAUUAACCAUUCUCAAAUCUUCACAUUGAUCUGGUACUUUCCCUCUUCUUAAGAGCAGACGCUCUUCUCCAGAGCGACUUACAUUUUUUUUUUUUUAUCCAGUCUCCAAAACAUUCUGCAGCCCUAGAAGAGUUCUUGUCAGUAGUGCAUCAAAUCAACAGCAAACUAGAUUAGAUAUACUUUCAUACAAACUUUAAAUGAGAUGUUUAGUCAACCCCUAGGUAGAAAUAAAGGACUGAGGACGAGGUCUGUGGGUUUCUUGGCUGACAAUGACGCAUGCUCUGUUUGUGCUGUCUUUCGAAACCCUGUGGUCGUCACGCCAAACAGUGACCAUAGGAGUUCGAGCAAGAAAGCACAAAUAGAUCCUGGAACAAGUUAGAUACAUUCCUCUCUGUGUAUCGUAAAUUUUUUAGGUUCUCAACAACCAGUUUCAGUACACUGCUUAAAAUGUGGCCAAGAAAGAUAAAAUAACAUGCACCUCCUAGCAUGUCUAGCUAGCAAUGUCAGUUACCAAUGUCAGUUACCAAUGCCAGUUACCAAUGCCAGUUACCAAUGCCAGUUACCAAUGCCAGUUACCAAUGCCAGUUACCAAUGCCAGUUACCAAUGCCAGUUACCAAUGCCAGUUACCAAUGCCAGUUACCAAUGCCAGUUACCAAUGUCAGUUACCAA